GCCGCAGGGGUCCUGGGGGUCGUGAUGGUCCUGGUUCUGGUCAUCCUCAUCCCGGUUCUGGUGAGCUCCGCGGGAACCUCCGCGCACUACGAGAUGCUGGGCACCUGCAGGAUGGUCUGCGACCCGUACGGCACCAAGUCCCCCACGAGCACCGCGUCCGCGGAGCCGGUCCGGGACAACAGCCUCGUGCAGUCUCUGCCCACUUUCAUCCAGGGCGCCAAAGGCGAACCGGGCCGUCCGGGGAAGGCCGGGCCGAGGGGACCUCCGGGGGAACCGGGACCUCCCGGUCCGGCCGGGCCACCCGGAGAGAAAGGCGAACCCGGCAGACCAGGUUUACCGGGACCUCCGGGACCGAGCGCAGCCGCCGGCGCCAUCAGCGCAGCGACGUACAGCACCGUGCCAAAGAUCGCCUUUUACGCAGGGCUGAAGAAGCAGCACGAGGGCUACGAGAUGCUCAAGUUCGACGACGUAGUGACGAAUCUGGGAAACCACUACGACCCCACCACCGGGAAGUUCACCUGCUCCAUCCCGGGGAUCUACUUCUUCACCUACCACGUCCUGAUGCGCGGAGGAGACGGCACGAGCAUGUGGGCCGAUCUGUGCAAGAACAACCAGGUGCGUGCCAGUGCCAUAGCCCAGGAUGCGGACCAGAACUAUGACUAUGCCAGUAACAGCGCUGUGCUGCACCUGGAGCCGGGAGACGAGGUCUACAUUAAGUUAGACGGAGGAAAAGCUCACGGAGGCAACAACAACAAGUACAGCACCUUCUCCGGAUUCAUCAUCUACGCCGACUAG